AUGAGAAACCUGUCCUCAAACCUGGGGUAUUAUAACGAGCAAGUCAUUGAUAUCAGCGAUGACAGUGACACCGAUACUGCUUCUGCCAGUAAAUUCACUAGCACUUUUCCAGAGAGUCUCAGUUCGGAUUUGAACACUCCAAGCUCAAGAACAAGAAAUAGCAAAAGAGUACAGUUUCUAAUCUCUCGGAUUAAUCGCAAAAGAAAGCAUGCUUCCCUGGAUGAGCCCUUCAUCGAUAUAAGUGACGAUACUGACACUCUGGACAAUGAUAAUGAUUUUAAACACAGACACAGCAUAAUCAAUCUCACUGAAAUUUCCUUCAAUUGA